AUGUCUGACCAUGAUGCUGAGAGAAACCAAGAGCUUCAGCUAUUCACCGCACCACAACCAGAAAACGAAACACCAAACACUAACACCAUCGUAGAUAACAAUCAUCAUGCAUCUUCCUCCACUGUCUCUCGUCGCCCCCGAGGGCGUCCUCUUGGCUCCAGGAACAAACCAAAGGUGCCUGUCAUAGUAACACAUGACAACACUAAUGUUUUAAAUUCUCAUAUGAUUGAGAUUAGUGUUGGAGACGACAUAUCAAAAAGUGUCGUUGAUUACGCUCAUCGUCAGGGGCGGGGCAUAUGCAUUCUCAAUGGAGAUGGACUGGUGACACAUGUUAGACUUUGCCUACCCACAGGAAGAGUUGUAAUCCUACAAGGAAGGUUUGAGAUUCUUUUGAUAUCUGGGACAAUUUUCCCAAUGCCAACCUCAAUGAAUGUUGGAGGAUUGACUGUUUACUUAUCAGGAACAAAUGAACAAGUGAUUGGGGGAAGUGUAAUGCCCCCUCUGGUGGCUUCAAGUUCGGUGACUCUGACAGUUGUUUCCUUUGAAAACACUGCACCAGAAAAGCUUUCUUCGGUGGUAAUUGAUCGAAAAGAACAUCACCUCCCAUGCCUCGACGAAGUUGUACAAGUGAGAGUACGUGAUGAUGACUUAUUCAAUGAUAGAGAUUCAACAUUUAGAACAAGAAACACGAUGAGUAGCAACAUCAAUCAUCCAUCAUCCUCUACUCAAGAUCGUAUAUUCGAAUGGGAUACUACUGCAAUCGUAACUCCUCCACCCAAACAUCCCCGCUUCUAG